CGAGAGGCGUACUCGCUUCGGCAGUCGAUCGCAGCGCGGGCACACGAACCUGCUCAGGUGCGACUUCCUCGCGUUUUCCUCGUGCAUCGGGAACGGCGGUUUUAAGUGCAAUGCCAGCGAGACCGAGCGUCACGUAAACACGUGAGAUUAUUGUUCCUCGUAACUGUCGGCGUUUAAAACUAUUUAUUUAUCGGCGUAUCGAGAACGUAUCAAGUUUGCAAAGAACCGAGCGCGUUACGAUUUUAUAUGGUUCGAAGAUCAAAAAUAUUGACUAAAACUUGACUCCAAAGACAAGAAAAAUGUCGCGUCUCGUCACAUGCAGAACACUCGUUCUCGUGAUUUUCUGUGGAUUGGUGACGUCCCAGAAGGACGACAUUGUAUUCCCUGACCAAAUCAGUCCGAGAGCGUUAAGUCCUCCAGUCGAGCCGGCAGCAGCACACAACGCCGCAUUACUGCGGUCGCGGUCAUCGCAAAUAGUGAAGAAAAUUAAUUCGGUUGACGAGUUCCUUCGAAUGAUCGGUGUAUCGCCAUCAGAAGUCUUCUCUCUCAGUAGUAGAAUGGGAGAGAGUGAAGAACGCAAGAAUAGCAAGAUGGCAGAGCAAGCUGUCUGUAAACCUUCAUUAAAAGUAGUUCCUACAUACGAACCUAACGAUCCAAGUAUCUUCUUUUUCCCCCGUUGUACCCGAGUCAACAGAUGCGGAGGUUGUUGCGGGAAUCAGUUACUCUCUUGCGAGGCAAAGAAAACGGAGACCCAAAAUUUCGAGAUCGUUGUGGCGAAAUUCAUGGGGGACAGAUUUGAGUACCAAGGAAAGCAAGUUGUGCCAAUAGACGUGGACACGAAAUGCGAGUGUAACUGCAUAAUAAAGCCGUCGGACUGUACACCCAAACAAAUUUACAAACCAGCCGAAUGUAAAUGCACGUGUACCAACCAAGAUGAACGUCAGAAAUGUAACGAACACGAGGAAAAAACUUGGGAUUCAAUAAACUGUAGCUGUUCUUGCAGAAAUCCACAUGAAUGUUCCACCGGCUGGUUUUACGAUCAGAAUACGUGCAGAUGCGAGCAAUUACCGCUGUCUAGAUCUUGGUUUUCAUCAGUUACAAGAGAAACUGGCUACAGAUUUGGACAAACUCAAAGACCAGAAAAUGCACCACCAGUAAUCAUUGCUCUCUCAGAUGCAGAUGAUCCUAGAAGAAAACCUAAACCAGAUCCGGAAUACAAAUAAGAAUAGUUGUUUAUGAACUAAAUACUAAAUGAUAAGACUUACAAGAUAUUUAUUUUAUAGCACAAACUUUUAGUUUACUCUCCCACCUUUGUGCCAUUUUGCUAUACACGCACGCAUACACAUGUAAUUCAUUACCAUAAAGUAUAAGUGACUGUACUUUUACUACGUAUUAAAAAGCAUUGUGAUAUAAGGAAAUACAAUUGUUUAAUGC